AGAGGUCUUCGCUGCUGCUCUGCUCUGUUGGGAUUUCUUGCUGUUCACAAGGUAUGCUGGAAAAUAAGAGAAAGAGUUGGAGUCCGACAGUCAGUUUUUCGCCAAAAACAGAGAAAGCGAGAAAGAAAUAGACUCGCUGGUGAGUCACGGUCGGCGUCUUCGCCAUCUUAGUUGUGGACAGAGAAGCGGCAACUUCAGAAGCGUGGCGGGACCGUCGCGAUGCUGCGGCCUGGCGGCGGUGGGUUCUUGCUGGGUCUGGCUGUAGCGGCUGCAGCGGCUAUCGCGGCAUGGCUGAUGAGCUGGAGUCCCCACGCUGGCUUUCGCCUUUUUGUACCUGAGGAUCUGGCCCGUUACCGUGGCGGCCCGGGAGACCCGGGCCUUUACUUGGCGUUGCUCGGUCGCGUUUACGAUGUGUCCUCUGGCCGGAGGCAUUACGAGCCUGGGGCCCAAUAUAGCGGCUUCGCAGGCCGAGAUGCAUCCAGAGCGUUUGUGACCGGGGACUACACUGAAGCCAGCCUUGUGGAUGAUGUAUCUGACUUGUCAUCCUCUGAGAUGCUGAUACUUCAAAACUGGCGUUCAUUCUAUGAGAAAAACUAUGUCCUUGUUGGGAGAGUGAGAGGAAGGUUCUACAGGGAGGAUGGACUGCCUACCCCAGAACUGAUGCGGGUGGAAGCUAUGAUUACCGAAGCUUUGGAAGCAAAUAAACAGGAACUGAAAGUGAAGCAGAAGUUUCCACCAUGCAAUGCUGAGUGGAGCUCAACCAGGGGCAGCCGGUUCUGGUGUUCCCAGGAAAGUGGAGGUGUGAGCAGAGACUGGAUUGGUGUCCCCAGGAAGCUGUACAAGCCAGGUGCUAAGGAGCCCCACUGCGUGUGUGUGAGAACAACUGGCCCACCUAGUGACCAGACUCCGGACAGCCCCCCACACAGAAAUCGAGGGGACUUGGACCACCCCAACUUGGGGGAAUACACAGGCUGCCCACCGCUGGCCGUCACAUGCUUCUUCCCACUCUAAGCUGGUGCCCUACGUGUUGAUAACACACAAAGGGGCCUGCCUGAAACUUGAAUAGAUCCUAGGACGGCUCCUGACAUGAAACAGAAGGGUUUGAAAGGACUCCAGCCAUACUUGGCAAAUGUGGCUCGUGCCUGUCAUCGUGGGCUCAUUGUGCAGGUGACUGAAGGAGAACCUGGCAACCCACCCAGGUCAGCCUGUUUUUACCACUAUUCCCCUUUAUCUACUUGCCAUCUUCCUUUGAGCCCUCAGAUGUUAAUGACCACAACUAUGACCAACUCCAAAAUAACUGGAUGAACAAAGAACAAGUCGCUGGGCUCCCACAGUGGCCUUCCCUGGCCUCCCAGGCUGCCUGGCCUAGCUGCUGGCACAGCCCUGCCUGUGGCAUCAACCUUGUGAGGCAUCGGGAGCUCUGGCACAAAAAGGCUAUCUCAUCCCCUCUUAACAGAAAGAAGCAGACGCAUCCCCCAAAGCCAUAUAAAUUAGCGAUGUCAACAUAACUGUUCUGGAUUCACCACUGGCUGAACUUGUGACUCCUAACUUUUAUGACCUUUCUGUUUUUUUUUUUUUUUGGCCGGGGCUGGGUUUGAACCUGCCACCUCUGGCAUAUGGGACCGGCACCCUACCCGCUGAGCCACAGGCGCCACCCGACCUUUCUUAUAAGUAAGGCCUCUACUCUAAGGCAAACUUGAAAUCACAGCCAAAAAUUGGCAGAGUUGAUUAUAGGCAGGCCACUACAAUGAGGAGUGAUAACAAAACAAGGUAGUCUGAGCCUGGAAAUAGGAAAGCUUUUGCUUAUAUGGACACAGCAAAUCCACAUCUCUCAAUAAAGCAGCAAAUUAAAGCCGA